CUGCAUUUCUGUUUGGUCCUCCUGGCGAGCGCAAAAGUUGUCGACUUCGCAACACCUUUCUGCUGACAUCGGCCCGCGCGGGUCCAUCCGAAUAGCGCUUUAGAGCGCGAUUGAUCUGAUUAUAUAUAUAAAACAAGGGGAAAUGGCUUUGGUACACAAGAUUCGAGUUGGGGCCCCCACGCAGUGGGCCUCUGCACGCGGGGUUUGCCGUGCCCCCGCUGUCUCCAGGAUGCCGGUGGUGGUCCGGGCGCAGCAGCAGCAACAACAACAGGAGCCGGCCGCCACCUCUGCGACCACAGAGCUGGGCAAGGGGGAGGGCCCCACGGGCCUCAACGUGGGCCGCUUCCGCCCCACCUCGCCCGGCGGCUGGGCCGAGAUGGCCACCGCGCUGCGUCAAGCAAACCUUAAGGUGUUGGCCCCGCAGGAGCUGCCCUGGGUGAAGGAGAAGGGCGCGGUCAUUGUGGACAUCCGGCCUGAGGAGAGCUACAUGGAGGGCCACCUGCCUGACGCGGUCAACGUGCCCUUCUACCAGCCCAUCCAAGGAUGGACCCCCUGGCAGGUGGCACGCCGCGUGGGUUACGCCAUGUUCGGCAUCUCGCAGGGCACCGAGGUGAACCCCAAGUUCCUGACUGAGCUGUUUGAGCUGGUUCCCGAGCCGGCCACAACGCCUGUGGUCAUCUACUGCAACUUCGGUGGCUCCCUGGAGCCAACCAAGAACGACAAGAACGGCCAGCAGACUCGCUCCAUGGUGGCUGCCUACGCGCUCAUCGCCUCGGGCUUCAAGAACGUGGCGGUGCUCAAAGGCGGCUACUUCGACUGGACGGCGCAGGGCCGCGACAUUGAGACCUUCGAGUGAGGCCGCGCCGGCAGGGCGCCGUGAAGUGUGCAGCACACAGGGCCGGGGAGUAGACCGGACAGGCGGCAGGGUGCGGCGGGUGUUGAUGUGGUCAUGCCUGGAUGUUUGUUUGGCGCGGGCGCUGUGGCGCUGGGCGCCGGGUGGUUGUUGUUGCGGCUGGUGUUGAUGGGGGUGAUGCAGGUUGUGUUGAUGGGAAUGAUGUGUGCGCCAGCUGCCUCCUGGGGAGCUACAUAAGUUUCUGGUGACGUGGAACAAGUUUUGAGGGACGACAAACUGCAGGCAGGGCCAGAGGGCCAGACGUAUAUGCGGUUAACACCGAUCACGCCUUUACAAUUUUGAUCACUUGUUGAUGCCGUAGUGAGACGCUGAAACCGUGAGCGUUGAGAGUAGGUGAACCUACAUGCGGCCGACCCUGAUACGGUAGUCUGCCUUGCGAAUGCCGUGUGGUACAAUCGUACAUAAGCAUCGUCGAUGGUAUGAGCAACAUGUGGAGAGGCCAGCAAAGAUGCCACGUGCCUCAGGGUGAGCAGUGGACGCAGUGAAGUACGAAGGUCGAGUGUAGGCUCGUUUGGGAAUGUUGGUGUUGUGUGGCUGUUGCAUGGAAGGUUGCAUGGGCUGGUGAGGGUCGAGAGUUGGCGGAUGGGUGUCAUCGGGCAAGGGCUGCGGCCAGUACACGCAAGAUCGGCGCAACGUAUCCUGCUCUUUCCCUGCAGAAUGUCACACACGAAGUGCCCUUCAUGGAGCCGAGCCCCCCAAAUCUUCACAAUGUGCUGGGCAGC